GUUUAUGUCCACUAACGAAAAAUGGAGACGCCGGUUGCUUUCAUGUCCGCUGCGGACAUUAAUAGACAAAACGUCGGCAAAAAAAGGAGAGCGAACAUGAAUGAAUGGAAGGACAGAGCAAGGAAGUCUUUGAGGGAUGCUGGGAAACCAUAUGUGAACCGGAGAGGAGAGCAAAAACGAGGAAAAAGUCCACCAAAAGAGGGAAAGGCGUGCAAGGAGACAUGUCCCAGGCAGUGUUCAAGCCUAACAGACCAAAGAAAACUCCAGCUCUUCACAGAGUUUUAUGCUGUCUCUUAUGAGAGGCAGCAGGCUAUCAUUCUCUCUGGUUUGGAGCAGCACAAGGUGAGUCGCAGACGACCACGUGGGCCCGACACUGAGAAUACUAAGAGGAAGUACACCUUCAAGUACCAUGUGCAACAAGGAGGCCAAAGACUUGCUGUUUGUAAGCUCACAUUUAUGUCAGUCUUUCAACUGACCAACAGUCGCCUACAGGUUAUUCAAGAAAAGUUAGGCAGUCAGUCUGAGGGAACAGAGCAGGUAGUCAGGUCUCCAUUAGAGGACUUCAGAGGAAAACAUAAGAACAGGACGAGACUGAGGGCCGCUGGAGAACGGCGCGAGGCCGGUGGCGUGAUUACUGAUGAGCGACACCUGUGA